UUACGGAGUCUCUGUCUCCUUCCUUCGAUUCGAAGGGCGAUGAACUCUGAGAGUUAAGAUUUCUCUCUGUUCUUCACAGAUUAACAACCAACUGACACUGAAAUCCAACUGACCGCUAAGAACUGAGAAAAAUCCCUAAUUUUCUUCUUCCUGCGAGUCUUUUUGCUGUCCGAAUCUCGCAAUACAUACCGCGAAACCCUAGAGUUCAGAUUCCGGUGCCGCCAUGGAUUUGCGGUUCCCCUAUUCUCCGGCGGAGGUCGCCAAAGUCCGAUUCGUACAAUUCGGGAUUCUCAGCCCGGAUGAAAUUAGACAAAUGUCCGUCGUGCAUAUCGAGCACAGCGAGACGACGGAGAGGGGCAAGCCGAAGCCUGGGGGCUUGAGCGACCCGCGGCUCGGGACGAUUGAUCGGAAAAUGAAGUGUGAAACUUGUAUGGCUAACAUGGCUGAAUGUCCCGGUCACUUUGGCCACCUGGAGCUUGCAAAACCCAUGUUUCAUAUUGGGUUUAUGAAGACUGUGCUCAGUAUUCUCCGCUCUGUUUGCUUUAAUUGCUCCAAGAUAUUGGCAGAUGAGGAGGAUCCAAAGUUCAAGCAAGCAAUGAGAAUCAGAAAUCCCAAAAACAGAUUAAAAAAGAUAUUAGAUGCCUGCAAAAACAAAUCAAAAUGUGAUGGAGGUGAUGAAAUUGAUGUUCAAAAUCAAGAUACUGAUGAACCAGUGAAGAAGUCUAGGGGUGGAUGUGGUGCGCAGCAGCCAAAAAUAUCCAUUGAUGGUAUGAAGAUGGUUGCUGAAUACAAGAUUCAAAAGAAGAAAAAUGAUGAUCAGGAGCAGAUGCCUGAGCCUGUUGAACGAAAACAAAUACUCUCAGCCGAGAAGGUUCUUAGCAUUCUGAAGAGAAUAACUGAUGAGGAUUGCCAGAGUUUGGGCUUCAACCCUAAAUAUGCACGCCCUGACUGGAUGAUUCUUCAAGCUCUUCCAAUUCCUCCUCCUCCUGUUAGACCUUCUGUCAUGAUGGAUACUUCUUCUAGGAGUGAGGAUGAUUUAACACAUCAACUUGCAAUGAUCAUUAGGCACAAUGAGAACUUGAAACGACAGGAGCGAAAUGGAGCUCCAGCACACAUUAUCUCAGAGUUUGCACAGUUGCUGCAGUUCCAUAUAGCUACAUACUUUGACAAUGAAUUGCCAGGACAGCCAAGGGCCACCCAAAGAUCUGGUAGACCAAUCAAAUCUAUCUGUAGCAGGCUUAAGGCAAAGGAAGGUCGGAUCAGAGGUAACUUGAUGGGCAAGAGAGUGGAUUUUUCGGCUCGAACUGUGAUCACACCCGAUCCAACCAUCAACAUUGAUCAACUGGGUGUACCAUGGAGUAUUGCAUUAAACCUCACAUAUCCAGAAACUGUAACACCAUAUAAUAUUGAAAGGUUGAAAGAGCUUGUAGAGAACGGACCACAUCCUCCUCCUGGUAAAACUGGUGCAAAAUACAUAAUUAGAGAUGAUGGACAGAGGCUUGAUCUCCGGUACUUGAAGAAAAGCAGUGAUCAGCAUCUUGAACUUGGAUAUAAGGUGGAGAGACACUUGAAUGAUGGAGAUUUUGUCCUGUUUAACCGACAACCAAGUCUCCAUAAAAUGUCUAUAAUGGGGCACAGAAUCAAGAUUAUGCCUUAUUCAACUUUCCGACUGAACUUAUCAGUUACAUCACCCUACAACGCUGAUUUUGACGGGGAUGAAAUGAAUAUGCAUGUUCCUCAAUCAUUUGAAACCCGUGCAGAAGUGCUCGAAUUGAUGAUGGUUCCGAAGUGCAUUGUGUCCCCUCAAUCUAAUCGACCCGUGAUGGGAAUAGUGCAGGACACACUUUUAGGAUGUCGGAAAAUUACUAAAAGAGAUACAUUUAUUGAAAAGGAUGUCUUUAUGAACAUUCUCAUGUGGUGGGAAGAUUUUGAUGGCAAAGUACCAGCUCCUGCAGUUUUGAAACCUAAACCUCUUUGGACUGGAAAGCAAGUAUUUAAUUUAAUUAUACCAAAACAAAUAAAUCUGCUGAGAUAUUCAGCUUGGCAUCAAGAAGGUGAAAAAGGAUAUAUAACUCCUGGGGAUACUCAAGUGCGCAUUGAAAAAGGGGAGUUACUUUCUGGCACUCUUUGCAAGAAAACACUUGGGACCUCCUCUGGAAGUCUCAUACAUGUUAUAUGGGAGGAGGUUGGUCCAGAUGCGGCUCGAAAGUUUUUGGGACAUACCCAAUGGCUUGUGAAUUAUUGGCUUUUGCAGAAUGCUUUUAGCAUUGGAAUUGGAGAUACUAUUGCAGAUGCUGCUACUAUGGAGAAGAUCAAUGAAACUAUUUCAAAUGCAAAGAAUCAGGUGAAAGAACUUAUUAGGGCUGCUCAAGAAAAGCAACUGGAGGCUGAACCUGGUCGAACAAUGAUGGAAUCAUUUGAAAACAGAGUGAACCAGGUGUUGAAUAAGGCUCGUGAUGACGCUGGAAGUAGUGCACAGAAGAGCUUAUCAGAAAGUAACAAUCUGAAGGCUAUGGUUACUGCAGGAUCCAAAGGAAGUUUCAUCAAUAUUUCUCAAAUGACUGCUUGUGUGGGCCAGCAAAAUGUUGAAGGAAAACGAAUUCCAUUUGGAUUUAUAGAUCGUACACUGCCACACUUCACUAAAGAUGAUUAUGGUCCUGAGAGUCGUGGGUUUGUGGAGAACUCAUACCUUCGAGGAUUGACUCCUCAAGAAUUUUUCUUCCAUGCCAUGGGUGGUAGAGAAGGUCUUAUUGAUACUGCUGUCAAAACCUCUGAGACAGGAUACAUUCAGAGGCGGCUGGUGAAGGCUAUGGAAGACAUUAUGGUUAAGUAUGAUGGAACUGUUAGAAAUUCCUUGGGUGAUGUUAUUCAGUUUCUCUAUGGGGAGGAUGGUAUGGAUGCUGUUUGGAUUGAAUCACAACCACUAGAGUCAUUGAAGCUGAAGAAAUCAGAUUUCAAUGACAUGUACAGAUAUGAGAUCGAUGAUCAGAACUGGAAUCCUAACUACAUGUUGCCUGAAGCUGUAGAAGAUCUCAAAACAAUUCGUGAAAUCCGUAGCGUGUUCGAUGCUGAGGUUCAGAAACUUGAAGGUGAUAGGUAUCAACUUGGGACAGAGAUUGCAACCACUGGUGAUAACUCUUGGCCGCUGCCAGUUAAUAUCAAGAGGCUUGUCUUGAAUGCACAGAAGACCUUUAAAGUUGAUUUCCGUAGACCUUCUGAUAUGCAUCCCAUGGAGAUUGUUGAAGCUGUUGAUAAGCUGCAAGAAAGGCUUAAGGUGGUUGUUGGAGAUGAUUAUCUGAGUAUGGAAGCUCAAAAGAAUGCUACUCUCUUCUUCAAUAUAUUACUCCGCAGUGCCUUAGCAAGCAAAAGGGUUUUGAAAGAGUAUAGACUUACCCGUGAAGCAUUUGAAUGGGUUAUUGGGGAGAUUGAAUCUCGUUUUCUGCAGUCACUUGUUGCAGCUGGUGAAAUGAUUGGAUGUGUUGCUGCGCAAUCAAUUGGUGAACCUGCCACACAGAUGACUCUUAAUACAUUUCACUAUGCUGGUGUUAGUGCUAAGAAUGUUACCUUAGGUGUGCCCAGGUUGAGGGAGAUUAUUAAUGUUGCUAAGAAAAUCAAGACGCCAUCGCUUUCUGUAUACUUGAGGCCUGAUGUAGGUAAAACUAAGGAGAGGGCCAAAAAUGUCCAGUGUGCUUUAGAAUAUACAACCUUACGGAGUGUGACAGAAGCUACUGAGGUUUGGUAUGAUCCGGAUCCCAUGAGCACUAUUAUUGAGGAAGAUGUUGAAUUUGUGAAGUCCUACUAUGAGAUGCCUGAUGAAGAGAUUGAUCCAGACAAAAUCUCUCCUUGGUUGCUUCGAAUUGAACUGAAUCGAGAAAUGAUGGUUGAUAAGAAGCUCAGCAUGGCAGAUAUUGCGGAGAAAAUCAAUCUUGAAUUUGAUGAUGAUUUGACGUGCAUCUUUAAUGAUGAUAACGCAGAGAAGCUGAUCCUUCGUAUUCGAAUCAUGAAUGAUGAAGCCCCUAAGGGUGAAUUGACCGAUGAAGCUGCUGAGGAUGAUGUUUUCCUCAAAAAGAUUGAGAGCAACAUGCUUACAGAAAUGGCUCUUCGAGGCAUUCCUGAUAUCCAUAAAGUGUUCAUAAAGAACGGGAAGCUGAACAAGUUUGAUGAGGAUGAUGGAUUCAAGGCAGAAAAUGAAUGGAUGCUGGACACGGAAGGUGUUAAUCUUUUGGCUGUCAUGUGUCACGAUGAUGUGGAUGCAACAAGGACAACAAGCAAUCACUUGAUUGAAGUUAUUGAAGUUCUUGGCAUUGAGGCAGUACGUAAAGCUCUACUUGAUGAGCUGCGUGUGGUCAUCUCUUUCGAUGGUUCUUACGUGAACUAUCGUCACUUAGCAAUAUUGUGCGAUACUAUGACAUAUCGCGGUCACUUGAUGGCUAUCACCCGGCAUGGCAUCAACCGCAACGACACUGGUCCCUUAAUGAGAUGCUCCUUUGAAGAAACAGUCGAUAUUCUGCUUGAUGCUGCAGUUUUUGCAGAAACAGAUCCUCUAAGGGGUGUCACUGAAAAUAUCAUGUUGGGUCAGCUCGCACCUAUCGGCACAGGAGACUGUGCCUUGUACCUAAAUGAAGAGAUGCUAAAACAAGCCAUUGAGAUCCCUCUUCCAAGCUACAUGGAAGGUGGUGGUCUCGAUUUUGGCAUGACUCCUGGUCGAUCACCAAUAACAGGGACCCCAUACCAUGAUGGCAUGAUGUCACCAAGCUAUUUGAUGAGCCCAAAUCUCCGUCUGUCUCCUGUCAACGAUGCUCAAUUCUCUCCAUAUGUUGGUGGCAUGGCUUUCUCCCCUACGUCAUCUCCGGGGUACAGCCCAUCUUCUCCUGGAUACAGCCCGUCUUCUCCUGGUUACAGUCCCACGUCUCCUGGUUAUAGUCCUACAUCUCCAGGGUACAGUCCAACUUCCCCUACUUACAGUCCUAGCUCUCCUGGAUAUAGCCCGACCAGUCCAGCAUACUCUCCCACCAGCCCAUCUUACUCGCCAACUUCUCCUUCCUAUAGCCCGACAUCCCCUAGCUAUAGUCCAACAUCACCUAGCUAUAGCCCAACAUCCCCGAGCUACAGCCCCACAUCCCCAAGCUAUAGUCCUACAUCUCCGGCAUAUAGCCCUACUUCUCCGGCUUACAGUCCCACAUCGCCUGCCUAUAGUCCUACCUCUCCAUCUUACAGCCCGACUUCACCUUCUUACAGUCCAACUUCUCCUUCCUACAGCCCUACUUCCCCAUCCUACAGCCCUACGUCCCCAUCUUACAGCCCUACUUCUCCAUCAUAUAGCCCCACAUCACCUGCAUAUAGUCCUACUUCUCCCGGAUAUAGUCCCACCUCUCCAAGUUACAGCCCUACAUCUCCGACCUAUAGCCCUACCUCUCCCAGUUACAACCCAUCGGCACGAUACAGCCCAUCUCUUGCCUAUUCACCAACAAGUCCAAAGAUCUCCCCGUCGAGUCCUUACAGCCCCUCCUCUCCAACUUACAGCCCCACAUCACCCAAUUAUUCGCCAACAUCUCCAACGUAUUCUCCGUCUGGUCCCAGUUACAGCCCAAGCAGCCCAUAUAAUCCUGGCACGAGCCCAAAUUACAGUCCUAACUCUCCAGAGUACAGUCCAAGUGCUGGAUACUCCCCAAGUGCGCCAGGAUACUCUCCGUCCUCCACCAGCCAAUACACACCCAGAACAAAUGAAAGAGACGACAAGAGUGUUAAGAAUGAAAAGGGCAAUAAUUGAGAGUGUUGUUGGAAUUUAAAUGUCAAAAACUGAUAUAAACAACUGCAUGUUUUGAUCCUGGGAUUGCUCAGGACUGACUGUUUGAAAGUGCCUUAUACAUGUAUGAUGUUGUGUCGAUGUCAAUGGUGGGUUUUAGGUUGUUUGUAAUGUCAAUUGUUGGACUGUAACUGUUGAAUUUAUGCGCGAUUUCUUGCUCAAAACUAUAAAGAAGUUGUGCCCAAUGUCGAUUGUCUUAGAGAGAGCUGUGGGUUGCUUUUAAUCCAUGUUUUUUAUGCCUUUCUAUUGCGUUGCUUUGUGCAUGUAAUGUAAUAUACUGUGAAAGCUAAAUAGCAUUGUUUUGAUGUUUA